AUGAUAUCUUUACGUACUGUUUUCUUUCGUCCACGUCUUGUCGUGCACCGAUCGUUUGCAUCCAAUAGCAAUUAUGAACACCUUGCAAACUGGAUCAAAGGUUCCUCGUCACAGUCCUUUGAUUGUUUAUCCACAAAGUUUCAAACCUUGUCGACAGAGUUUCUUAACUCGUCUCGUGUGCUUCACUUGAAACUUCAUCGUCCAGAGGUUUUAAAUGCCAUGAAUAUGCAAAUGUGGAUUGAGUUGGCUCAAUCGUUUCAAUUGAUUGAAUCAGAGCCAAGUAUCAAAGCUGUUGUAGUGUCAGGAGAAGGACGUGGGUUUACGAGUGGAAUGGACCUUGAUGUCCUUACUCAAAUGCAGAAAAUUGCAAUGGAAGAAUCUUGUCCAGGACGUAAGCGUGAGCAAUUGAUGCAUGUCAUUGAUAAAUUCCAGAACGUUGUGACGGCAGUGGAACAAUGCCGAGUCCCGGUUAUUGCAGCAAUACAUGGUCCUUGCAUUGGCGCUGGUGUUGAUUUGAUAACGGCCUGUGAUUUGUGCUACUCUGAUGUGAAUGCUGUCUUCUCUGUUAAGGAGGUGGAUCUAGGAAUCAUUGCGGAUAUAGGUACGUUGCAACGUUUACCCAAGCUUAUUGGUGACCAUCGAGCAAAGGAAUUAGCCUUUACAGGCCGCAAUGUUACUGGACAAGAAGCUGAGAAGCUUGGUCUGGUUUUAAAAGCUUUACCUGAUCAAGAGACACUCAUGAAUCACGUAGAAGAUGUGGCCAAAGCGAUUGCGAAGAAGAGUCCGCUGACGAUUCGUGGUAUCAAACAAACAAUUCGUUACCAAAGAGACCACUCGACAAGGGACUCGCUUCAGCAGAUUCGUUACCAUAAUGCCGCUGUGCUGUACAGUGACGAUUUGAAACAGGCCGUAGGUGCGGUCUUGACGAAGACGGAGCCCAAAUUCCGCAAUGAUUAG